ACGCACAUGUCGAUGUUUCCAACAUAAAAAGGGUGACGAUAUCCGUCUGUCGGUCCCACGACCUACCCUCCCCUCCACCGCAACAAUGUACCAAAUAUCAGCUACAGACAUCUGCUUGUUUCUCGUCGGCGUUUUUCUAAUCUACAAGAUCUCCACAAAUCGUCAUAGCAGCAUUACCCCCAAACUGCGCGGGCCUCCGAGUCAAAGCUGGCUUUUUGGUGUCACUCGCGUUCUCCGUGAUGCCGAGGACCCAGGGCUCCUGUAUGAACAAUGGGCAUCCGAGUACGGCUCUGUCUUUACCGUCCCUGGAUUUCUGGGAGAGCCAAGAGUGGUUCUUUACGACCCAAAGGCUGUGACGCACUUCUAUGGCAAGGAGGGCUUUGGAUACGUCAAGACGCCCGUCUCUCGCAUGUUCAUUGAAAUUCUUUUUGGGAAAAAUUUGCUUUGGGCAGAGGGGGAACUUCAUCGAAGACAACGCAAAUUUCUAACACCGGCGUUCAGUAACGCAGCUAUACGCGAUCUGACCUAUGUUUUCUAUGACUCGGCUCACAGGACAAUGGAUAGCAUCGGCAUAGCGGGAUUCUCCCACAACUUCGGCGCCAUCGACGGGCAUCCUCAAGUUUUCGACGACUUCGACUUGAGCGGCGGUGCCCCCUUUUUCGCCUUCAUGAUCAUCGCGAGCACCAUGUUUCCUGCCAUCCUCCGUCUGCCUUCCAAGAAGAAAGAGGCUCUAGCCGCGAUGAACCGUAUGUUCUCCGACAUCGCCGACCAGCUCCUUGCCAAGGCCAAGGAGCAUGGAAACGAAGAGGACAAAUCCGUGAUGGGUCUGCUGCUCAAGUCCGAGACACAUGAGGCCGACGUUCACAUGUCCCGGGAAGAGAUCAUAGCUCAGCUGAGCAUUUCAGGUUACGAAACGACGAGUAGUAAUCUGCAGUGGGCCCUCAUCGAGCUGUGCAAGAACCUUGACAUCCAAAACAAGCUCCGCGCAGAGCUACUGCAAUUUGGCAACUCCGAUCCGUCGUGGGACCAGCUCAACUCGAGCCUUCCAUACCUCGACGCGGUUGUGCACGAAAUCCUACGAAUGCACCCACCUGUGUUCGAGACUACGAGGAUGGCAGCGGAAGACGACGUCCUUCCUCUCGCUACACCCGUAGUAACAAAGGCCGGAAAGACCGUUAACAGUCUAUUCAUCGCCAAGGGAACGGUCAUCACUACCCCCAUUCGGACGCUGAACAGAUCAGAGCAGUUCUGGGGCCCUGAUGCGAAGGAGUUCAAACCGGAGAGAUGGUUGGAAGACAGUGCACCGCGAGCGAAGGAGAUCCAGGGUCACCGACACCUUCUGACGUUCGUAGACGGACCUAGGACAUGUCUCGGGAAGACGUUCGCGUUGACUGAAUUCAAGGCCGCGCUCUUUGUCAUUGUGCGGAACUUUGCUUUCGAAUUCCCCGGUGGAAGUGAUCCUGUUAUUGGGAAGUAUAGGGGGAGUAUUUUGCCUAGACCGAAAGUCGGUGAUGAAGAGGGCGCGAAGGUUCCCUUGAGGGUGAGGAGAGCAUAAGACUAGCAAAAAGAUAUUAUGAUGUAUCUAUGCGGUGGAUGUAUUUUUAGUGAGUAAACUAGACCUGAAACGUGGUCUCUCUUCAAUAUAUGAGUAACUGUCGAGCC